GACGUAGGUGGCGGUGGUCAGCCAUAUUGUCUCUGAUACAGCAGAAAUCACACAUUGAGGCAGACGCGCCGGCGACGGAGGGAGGCGAGGACCGUUGGCUUGACGAAACUCAGCUUAUUGGGAAGCAUUUCGGUCGUCGAAUUGAUCAAGGGGCUAUCCCACCGUGCCCCUGGUGGCCCCUCCCCCAUCCUUAGGUAAAGCCCCCCCAAAUCCCCCCUGCCCUGUUGGGAUCAACCCCCCUCACCCCUUACCUUCCCUCCUCUUCCUCCCUCCCUCCCACCCAUCCUCCCUGUAUUCAAAUUGUCCUCUGCUGGAGUGAAAUCACACCAUCUCUGCCAAGCUGUCGGACAUGUCAGGACCCGUGCCGAGCCGGGCCCGAGUGUACACAGAGGUCAACACUCACCGGCCUAGGGAGUACUGGGACUAUGAGUCCCACGUGGUUGAAUGGGGAAACCAGGAUGACUUUCAGUUGGUGCGAAAGCUGGGGCGUGGCAAGUACAGUGAAGUCUUUGAGGCAAUCAACAUCACCAAUAAUGAAAAGGUGGUUGUGAAGAUACUCAAGCCCGUAAAGAAAAAGAAAAUCAAGCGUGAGAUCAAAAUUUUGGAGAACCUACGUGGAGGUCCUAACAUAAUCUCCCUCAUUGAUAUUGUGAAAGACCCUGUAUCCCGGACGCCCGCCUUGGUCUUUGAACAUGUGAACAACACAGACUUCAAGCAACUGUACCAGACCCUGACGGACUAUGACAUCCGGUUCUACAUGUACGAGAUCCUCAAGGCCCUGGACUACUGCCACAGCAUGGGAAUCAUGCAUAGAGAUGUGAAGCCACAUAACGUGAUGAUUGAUCAUGAACAUCGCAAGUUGCGCCUUAUUGACUGGGGUCUGGCCGAGUUUUACCACCCAGGACAGGAGUACAACGUCAGAGUCGCCUCCCGCUACUUUAAAGGACCCGAGCUCCUAGUGGACUAUCAGAUGUAUGACUACAGUCUGGAUAUGUGGAGCUUAGGGUGUAUGUUGGCGAGCAUGAUCUUCAGGAAGGAGCCCUUCUUCCACGGCCAUGACAACUAUGACCAGUUGGUGAGAAUAGCCAAGGUUCUCGGGACUGAAGACCUCUACGACUACAUCGACAAGUACAACAUUGAACUGGAACCUCGCUUCAAUGACAUUCUGGGAAGGCACUCCCGUAAGCGGUGGGAACGGUUUGUCCACAGUGAGAACCAACACCUGGUCAGCCCAGAGGCUCUGGACUUCCUGGACAAGCUGCUGCGUUACGACCACCAGGCCCGGCUGACUGCCCGUGAGGCCAUGGAACACCCUUACUUCUUUCCCAUUGUGAAAGAUCAGUCUCGUGUGGCUGGAUCAGCCAACCUGCCCAGUGGGAACACAACUGUCAGCACAGCCAGCAUGAUCACUGGUAUCUCUGCCUUGCCAGCCUCCACUGCCCUGGGCCCUCUCACUGGCUCGCCGGUCCUGUCUGCUACCACCACCGCCCUGAGCACCGCGGUGCCUGCCGCUGCUGGCGCCCCGCAGUGACCCCCCCCCCCACCACCACCCAAAUCCCUCCAGUCUCUCCCAUUUCCGCCACCACCCAGCCCAGAGGGAAGAAACUAGACAGGUGCAAUCUUGCCAGCCAUCACCACAUCGAACCUAUCUCAGUGUGACUGCGCCUCACCGACCCAUUGGCUGGAGGAUGCCGUCGUCUUAAGAAAAUAUCUUUUUUUUUUUUUUUUCUUCUUCUCGAAUGAACGUGUUAACCUGACAUCUGAAAUGAAUGUUCCGUGUAACUGAAUAUACAGGUAGUCCUUUCAUUUCCCACAAGCUGUAGUGAAUACAAAGGGUUGUGUGUGUGUUUGUGUGGUGCGUCUGAGAGCGACUGUCACCCACGGCUGGCUGGGGGUCUCUGCAAGCCCCCCUGUGUGUAUUAGUUUGGAUUGUGAAGGCAGUGGUCCAUAAGUGCAUCAGCAGAAGGCAAAAGAAAGAUGUUGGCCUAUCAGGACCAAAAGGAGCAUAUCCUGUAUAGUUUACUACUGCAGCAUCGUCAAAAACUAGACCAGGUGAGAACACUUAAUUUACCUCCCCAGAUGAGUCUGAACAACCUCCAGAUCACAGCAUUUUGGAAGUGUGUGGUGCUGUUCUGUGCUCCAGGUGUAUGUGAACACAAUGACACUCAAACACUUUCUCUGCCCGAGUAGUUCUGUCUUGCCUUUCUUACCAAACCAGAUCACCAGUCUUCUUUUGAUAUGCGACUCCCGGUCACGUCAUCCGUUGUUUGUUUUAUAUUGAAACGUUCUGGACUGCUGGAUAAGGUUCAUCAUCAAGUGGUUUGACUAGUGUUGUACUACGAUCUCUCAAGAAGCCAGGUAAGGUUCAUUCAGGUUCUCAAAGAAAUGAUUUCUCUAACGUGCUGCUCUCCAGUUCCUUGAAUUACUUCAAGAAAUAACCAAAGUUUACUCGGUUGGAAGAAGAGACUGACCAAACCUAGUUUUGUUUUGUGGGAGUUACUCAUGGAGUUGCUGUAAUGCAGGUUGACAAUGUGCGUUCUAGUGAAAAAGAAGAAAAGGUGACUGAAGCGCUGUUAGUGUGGGAGGAGAGUGCUGUUAAGUGUAGUGACAUGGGAAAGCUUUGUGAUGAGUAAUAAAGCCAACUGGCUUUCACCAAUAUGUUGAGCAACAAGUAUUGAAGUUGAAAUUUUGAUUAGCACUUGAGGGCUAGAGUUUUCCCCAGUGUUUUAGUGCCAGAGUUUGAAAGUGUUGAAGGUUUUAGACCCUGCUGUACAUAUGCAUCUUUUUUUUUUCUUUUUUUUUUUCCUCAUUUGAACCUGAAAAUGCAAAUAAAUCAGAACAUGUAUAAAUUGACCUGAGAACGGAGCAGUUUGAGUCCCUACGUCACUGUAUAUAUUUUUAUGUCCUUAUGUAGAAGACUAGUAUUUGAGAAUAUUUGUGUAAAUAAACAUGUGUUUUAUUUAUCAGGUA